AUGAAAUUAAUAUUUCUUAUAUUUGCGUUAGUGCCGAUCAUCAGUUGUGAUAGGGUAUUACAAUUGAGUACACGAUGGUACGUCUCUCACUCAAACGGAAGUAUGCUGACGGAGACCAAAGUCCCUGGAGGUAUAUAUUCUGACUUGAAGUCUACACUGGGAGACAUUCUGUAUGGAAAUCGCGAUGAGGAUUACAAGUGGGUUGGAAGGAGCGAUUGGAAAUAUCACACCGAAUUCAGUGUUUCUUCUGCCGACUUGAAGCACAAGAGCGUAUGGUUGGUGCUCCAUGGUGUUGACACAAUCGGAGAAGUUUAUUUGAAUGAUCGCCAUAUCCUUUCAUGUAACAAUAUGUUUGUGCGCUAUAAUGUCAACAUCAAGCAUCUAUUAGUGGCUGGCAAUAACAGACUAGAUGUUUACCUAAAGUCACCAGUUCAAGAGGCCGAGAGGUUAACAACGAAGCAGGGUUAUGUUGUGCCUCCGAACUGCCCUCCUCCUUCCUACCAUGGUGAGUGUCAUGUCAAUAUGCUGAGGAAGAUGCAGGCUUCCUUCUCCUGGGACUGGGGUCCAUCAUUCCCAUCAGUGGGAAUUUGGAAACAAGCUGAAAUAGUUUUCACUGAUGGACCACAGAUUGAGUCUAUUACAGUUAAAACAGAACCACAGAAGGAUAAAUGGGUAGUCACCCUGACUGCAUGGUUUGGACCUUCACUAUUUCAAAUCCAUGACAAUCUUGUAGCUCACUUUUUUUGGAGUGAAUUUGCUUUUGGAAAAUAUUCGGUUCCUGUCACUAUCAAAAUUGCCAAUAAGCAGAGUCAUUCUGUUUCAUUUUCACUUCCUAAGGAUGAAAUAAAAUUGUGGUGGCCAAACGGAUAUGGUGAACAAAACCUUUACAAAGUCGAAAUGGUUUUUCAACAAUUGCAGAAAUCUGUUAACAUUGGUUUCAGAACAAUCAAAGUAAUGGAGCCGGAAGUUAUGAGUGGUAAAAUGUUUUACGUUGAGGUAAACGGACAGCCAAUCUUUGCUAAAGGAACCAAUUGGAUUCCUUCAAGUGUUAUGCCUGAAUAUAGUGCAGAUAAAGAUAGGGUUCCAGCUCUCCUGGAGGACACUGCUAAAGCAUACACCAACAUGAUUAGAGUCUGGGGUGGAGGAAUAUAUGAGUCUGACUUAUUCUAUGAGACAUGUGAUCGUCUUGGGAUAAUGGUUUGGCAGGAUAUGUUGUUUGCAUGCAGCAUGUACCCCACAUAUGAUGAAUAUCUUUCCAGUGUGAAAGUUGAAAUCGAACAGCAGGUCCAACGCCUUCAGCAUCACCCAAGUCUAGCAGUCUGGGCUGGAAACAAUGAAAAUGAGGGUGCUCUCAUGGAUAAUUGGUAUGGUACAAGUAGCAAUUUCGAAAGGUAUAUUGGAGACUAUGUAAAGCUGUACGUAGAGACAAUCAAGCCUAUAGUGUUAGGUAUCGAUGAGACUAGACCUUAUUUCAUCUCCAGUCCUUCCAGUAAUAUUGGAAAUUAUACUUCACAUCCUGGUUCACCAUUUUAUGGAGAUGUUCACUACUACAAUUAUGAUGGUAAUGGAUGGGAUCCUCGCAUUUACCCCAAUCCGAGAUUUGCUUCUGAAUAUGGAUCUUAUAGUUUACCAUCAUAUGAGUGUUUAAAACCUGCACUACCACCUAAUCAAACUUACUGGGGAAGUCAGUAUGUUGAGCGCAGAAUACAUGCACCAAAUGGAAAUCAGACUAUCAUUAGCCAAAUAUUUAAAAAUCUUCCAAAACCCAAAGAUAUCAAAGAUAUCAUUUAUCUUUCUCAGAUAAAUCAAGCAAUGGCAACAAAAGUAGAAAGUGAAAAAUAUCGGAGGUUACGAAGCAUUCGCCUGGAAUCAGGAGAAGGCCUAACAAUGGGUGCACUUUAUUGGCAACUUAAUGACAUUUGGCCAUCUCCAUCUUGGUCUGCUAUUGAUUAUUGUGGAAAUUGGAAAAUGCUCCAAUACUAUGCAUUUGACUUCUUCGCUCCUAUAAUAGUUUCACCCGAAAUGUCAUCAGAUGAAAAACAAAUUUCUGUAUAUGUUGUAGCAGAUGGUGCAGUGUCUUAUAAAUAUGCAAAUUUAAUAUUUAAUAUUUAUAGGUGGGAUAGUAAUUCUAUAUGCCCAGAGAAAACAUUUACACGAAAUAUUUCUGUGGUGGAGAACAAUUCUGUUAAUGUAUUAAAUCUGUAUGUUGAGAACUAUUGUAGAGAUAAAAAUUGUUUCUACACAACAAGAUUACAAGUUGAAAAUUCAGUUAUAACACCUGAAAAUUUUUUGUUCCAUUUGCCAUUGAGGCAAUAUAACUAUCCAGAAACAUCUGUUGAGGUUGCAAAAUUGGAAAUUUUAGACCAACACAGUGCCAGAUUAAUUCUUUAUGCCAGAAAGUAUGCCCUUUUUGUUUGGUUGAAUGUGGAUGGAGUUCAGGGUAGGUUUUCUAAAAAUGGUUUCCAUAUGACAGUUCCAUCAACAGAAGUGACUUUUGUUUCAAAAGAAGAUAUAAGCAAGCUAACAGCGGAUAAAAUAUCAGUUACUUGGCUGAAGAGGUCUUAUUAA